CCUCCUCUCCACCUGUCGACUUCGAGCUCUCCGUUCAAGGCCUGCACUCUCCCGCCUCUUCUGCCUCUCCCAUCUCCCAGUCCUCCGCAUGCCCAUCCUCUGCUGCCCCUGCGUUUGCUCGCUGCCUCAGCUCCUCCCAGCGCUUCGCUCUCUCGGCAACCUGGUAUUCCCUUUCUCAGCACGCUGGUCUUCCCUCUCUGCGCUGUCCUCUCCAUUCUCUGUCCUUCGAACGAUCUCUCACCAUCUCGCUCCCAUCUCCCCGCUCUACCACUCUCCGCUCGCUCGUCGUUCCAUCGCUUCUCAGACUAACAUCUCACAGUCUCCCCUAGGCAGGUCGGAGCACGUCUGUGCGACUGAGGAAAGCGUCUGACGGCCAUGGUUUUCGAGGAUGCCAUGUGAGCCUGGUCUAUCAGC